CGCAGCGGCCCUCAGGCGAGGCCGCCGCCUGCCCUCACGCGGGGCCGGGCCGGGCCGGGCGGCGCUGGGGCGGCUGGGAGGCGGCAGCUGGCGCCAUGGCGUUCGCGGCGGAGGCGCUGAGGAAGCAGCUGGGCAGGUAUAAGUUCAGGGACCUGACCAUAGAAGAACUGAAGACUGUUAACAAGACCUACCCUAACUUCACGUUCUCCAUGAACACAUACACCUUCAAGGAUGGAUCCCAGAAAGACCUCCUGAAUUUCAGUGGUACUGUUCCAGUGAAAUAUGGUAAUUCCUAUAACAUACCUAUUUGUCUAUGGAUUUUGGAUUCUCAUCCCUUUGCUCCCCCCAUUUGCUUCUUGAAGCCGACUGCGAACAUGGGCAUUUCAGUGGGAAAGCAUGUUGAUGCUCAUGGCAGGAUUUAUUUGCCCUACCUGCAAAACUGGAGCCAUCCUAAAUCAACUAUUGUUGGAUUAAUCAAGGAAAUGAUUGCAAAAUUUGAGGAAGAGCUCCCUCUGUAUACAUUGUCAUCUUCUGAUGCAGCCAGGCAAUCAGAACUUCUCUCCUACAUUGCAAAGAUUACUGAAGGAGAAACUGACACGAAAUCAAAGAGUAAAACCGGUGGAGACAAAAAUGAAGGGCGUUUCAACAAAAUUACUGUGGUUGGAGCUGGAGAUCUUGGCAUUGCCUGUGUGCUAGCGGUUGCAGCAAAGGGUGUUGCAGACAAGAUGGUUCUUCUGGAUCUUUCUGAAGGUGCAGCAAAAGGUGGAACCAUGGACUUGGAGAUCUUUGCUCUGCCAAAUGUGGAGAUUAGCAAAGAUUUUUCUGCUUCAGCUGAUUCAAAAGUUGUGGUGCUCACGGUUAACUCUCUGGGCGGUGCUCAGACUUACCUUGAUGUUAUACAGAGCAAUGUGGACUUGUUCAGGGGAAUUAUCCCAGCAGUAUCACACUACAGUCAGAACUCUGUUCUGCUUGUUGCUUCCCAUCCAGUUGAAGUAAUGACGUAUGUGUCAUGGAAGCUCAGUGCGUUUCCCAAAAGUAGAGUUAUUGGAGUAGGUGGCAAUCUGGAUACCGAGAGAUUUCAGUAUACACUCGCAAACCUUUUGCAAGCACAGGCACUGGGAAAAGAUGCUUGGAUUGUUGGUGAACAAGGGGAAGACAAAGUACUGUCAUGGACCAGUUGUAACUCACAUGCAAAUCAAACUGAAACAAUGGCUGCUCAUAAUUCAAAGGAAAAAGUGGCUAACAGAGCUAUGGAAAUCCUAAAGGGAAAAGGUCAGAGAUCUUGGUCUGUUGGGCUCUCGGUUGCUGAUUUGACUGACAGUAUACUGAAAGAUAAAAGAAAGGUUCAUUCUGUAUCCACCCUGGCAAAGGGAUGUUGCAAUAUAAACAGUGAAGUAUUUUUAAGUCUUCCAUGUAUUCUUGGAAUCAGUGGAGUGAUUGAAAUGGUCAAACUAGAAGAAGAUCCAUCAGUGCAAGAGAAACUGCAGAGCAGUGCAGGAUCAAUUCAUGACCUUCAGCAGCAGCUCAAACUGUAAGCACCAGGGAAGCCGCAGCGUCUGCUCACAGAAGCUGGAGAUCUGCUGGGCACAACUGGUUGCUCAGUGUAUACGGUUUUCUAUAUAAGACAAGAUUAUUUUUUUUUUAAUUUGCCUACCACAGUGCUUUCUUUAUGUGGAUUUGGUUUACAUUAUUUAACACUGCACUGCCCGGUACAAAUUUCUGACUUGAAAAGUGCACUUUGAGUAACCAAAAUGUGGAGAUGAAUGUGCAAGAAUGCUUUAUGUAAAUUCAGGUGACAUUUGUCUGUAGUAUUUCCUUUUUCCCCAGCUAAUUAUGGCCUGAUUCUUGUUCUAUUCCUAACUUCGCACCUUAGUAGGACACCGUCUAGGACAGGAGCUUACCCAGCUCCUUGGACACUCCAACGAGAAUCCUUCCUCCUCAUUCCAAGCGCUGCCUGAGGGACUUCUGUAGCACAUGGUUGGUUGUAAGGCAGCUCGUAGGGGCAACAGGGGCUGUGCUUUGGGAGCUUGAUCUUUUGUACUUAAUGUCUAAUGUCAAUGGACUCCGUCCUUGUGGGUUAUGAAGAAGGGGGAUAAAAGCCUGAUUUAAUAG